AUAGGUUCCAAUUACGAUUAUGGACAUAGACGGAUAAACUAGCAGCAAACAAAACGUCAAAACUUGGAAUCAUUCAUUUCUUUUUUUUUAUUGAUAUACCAUUUAAAAGUUUCAAAUGAUUGAUUCAAACAGUAUGGAUUUAUUCAAUUCAUUAUCACCAAUCAAAAGUAGAUCAAGUGAAAAUAAAAAAUUUCAAUAUUGUACUUUUGGUAAAGAACUCAAUUCCAUAGAUCAACAACUGGUUACAAGUAGUGUAGCUAGUAGUGGUUAUUGGGAAGAUUGUGAUUCACUUGCUACUAGUGAAUAUGAUGUUUUUGGAUUGAAUUGGGCAACUUCUCAUCAAAACGAUAGAAUAAAAUAUAACAAAUUAAAACAUAGACCACAUUCAGAUGGAACUGGUCAAUCAUUAGUUAGAACUCAAAGUUUUCAUUUAAAACAAAAAGUUAACAUUGAUGGAAAUUCAACUGAUCCAUAUACCGUCGAGCAUCAUUCAGAUUCCAUUCUCAAUAGUUAUGGCAAAGAUUUACAAUUUGUAACGAACUCUCAAAAUACACAAGUUGAUAAUACUCAACCAUUACCGUUAGAGGAUCAUAAUCAUCCAUGUAAAUCAAAUGAUUCAGUGGAUGAAACUGGCUUGACUAAAUCAGAUUUCCGAUUGUGCCAAAAAAAUUAUUCAUCUGUACAUAAUAAUCACUUCUUUCAAAGUAUCCCGUCUGGAGUACAGAAUGUUGAAGAGAAAACUUUUAAAUUUAUACAUGAAUGGGAUGAUAGUGAAGAUGAAGAGGUUGUAGAAGGCGCAGAACCCAAAACCAAAUUUGAGGCUGCUCUAAGGAGAGCAGAAGAGAAAAAUCAAAAACGCAAGGCACUGAUGAUGACUUCUAAAGAGUUUCCAACAUCAGGUAAAGUAAUGCCUGAAUGGGGUUCACCUAUUCAAAUUAAGAAAAAUAUUAAUCAAAAUAGAUUUAUGGAAUGUUCUCUGUCAGUAGAUAUCCCACUGAGUAAUACCAGUUCUCCAAAAAUAAGUCGACCUUCGGAUCUUUGUCGGGAAGUUGAAGAAUGGUUGGAAUCAAGACCAUCAUGGAUUGAUCAAAAGCACCAAAAAAAUAAUACAGCAUUACAAAUUUGCUUUUUAAACACAUCUGAACAAAGUUUGUACUCUUCAAUGGAAGCAAUUGUUACUGAACCUCAAUUGGAUAAUAGGAAUAACGCAAUUGAACAAAAUGAUACAGAAGUUAAUUUAUUUCCAACGAUUAACAGUAUUAGAACAGCUGAUAAUAUUGAUACCAGGAAUUCAGUGGAUGAUAAUGAAAUUGUCAUGAAUAAUAAUAUUGAGGAUUUUGAUGAUAACUCAAAUCAAUUAGCAGUAUAUGGUAAUUCAUGUCAUAAAAAUGGCAGGAAUCGAAUGAAUUCAUCGAUAUCUGGAAGAUCUUCUUUAUUAUUGGCUUUCGAAUCAUCAGUUAAUUUCAUUGCUUUAUUGGAUGAGAUCAAUAUGUAUUAUGAACGCUUGUUGGAUCAAUGUAGACAAGAAUGUUUCAAUGCACGAUCUGUACUUUAUGUACAAGAAUUAAUUAAAAAUCAUAAACGAUUUCAAAUGGAAACACAAAUUGCUAUUAUUCAAGUUCCUAAAAUGUCAGCAAUGCAAGCAGAAGUUGAACGUAUGAAAAUUCCAUCGAUCACACCAAAUUUAGCAACAUUGCUUCGUGUUGAUUUGAAAAAAUUUCAAAUAUGCAAAGAAGAAUUGAUUAAACUUUCUAAAUCUCAAUUGGAAGUGAUCAUGAAUGAUAUACAUUCAAAAAUUGAAAACUUGAAUAAUGCCCUCAUGUUGUCAUUAGUUGAAAGAGAUGAUUUACACUUAGAACAAGGUGGUAAAAUUAUUGCUUUAGAAGAUAUCAAAUCUUGGAUUAAAGAACUUAGUCUACGAUCAUCAAUUCCACAAGUUCGACAACAGUUAGUACUUAAUUUUCCAAGUAAUUUAACAAGUCACUCAUACAAUGCUGAUGAUCUUUCGCCUAAAUCUCAAACAACAUGUCAAUCUUUGUCGAAACGACCACAAUGGAUGAAAUCGUUAUUUAGUCGAGGAUCACAUAGACAUGCUCUUUCAUUAUAAGAUUGUUUUUUUUCAUCAAAUUUUCUUUUUUGUAUAUCUCAGAUUUCAUAUUGCCCCUGCCCUAUUGCAAAAAAAAACUAAAGCACAUGAUCUUCACAAAUAGAUCCUGUUCAUUCCUUUUAACCCUUCUUCUUCUUCCUAUUUCUUUGUUUUUGUGGUUUAUUUACAUCCCAACCACCAAUGAUCUGUUCUUGUGCAGCUAACCAUGUUCUUUUUCCUUAAGAAUUUCAACAAAAAACGAGUACGAGAUGAUAACAAGAUCCAUAAAGAAUCUAUUAAUCAGAAAGCUUCUUUUUUCUCCUGGUUAUCUCAUCAUAAUGUUUAAUUGAUCUACAAAGAUACACAAUAAUUCAUUUAUUGUUUGUUUGUUUGUUUUUUUCUCAAUAUUUGAAACUUAUUAUUAAAACUAUUGUUAAUAUUUAAUAUUGAAUUUAAAAAGCAACAUUUGUCGAUAUAUCAUAGUACAACAUUAUUCAUUAUGUAAAUUAAAUUUAAAAUUUCUGUACAUUGAUUUGAUUUUCUGUCAAAAAAGUAUAGUUAACAUGAUAAGUUUACGCUAAUGAUCAUUCAUUGAAAACUUAUAAUCAUGU